AUCUUUAUUCACGGUGUUGGGUAGCGUCUGUUUAGAAAAACCGGACUGUAAGCUUUUACCGAUUAUCGGAAAAAUAGAUAAGGUUUUUAAACCUUAAUUAACAUUAGCUGAAGAUAUACAUACACAUCAAGUAAAGAAAUAUCAGGAUGGAUAUUCGACCAAACAACACGAUCUAUAUUAACAAUCUAAACGAAAAAGUAAAAAAGGAUGAGCUAAAAAAAUCCUUGUAUGCAAUAUUCUCCCAAUUCGGUCAAAUUUUGGAUAUAGUUGCCUUAAAAACUUUAAAAAUGAGAGGUCAAGCAUUUGUAAUCUUUAAAGAAAUUCAGAGCUCUACCAAUGCUCUUAGAUCAAUGCAAGGAUUUCCAUUUUAUGAUAAACCAAUGCGUAUUCAAUAUGCCAAACAGGAUUCGGAUGUUAUAUGUAAAUUGAAAGGAACAUUCCAAGAAAGACCUAAAAAGGUUAAGCCUCCAGUACCUAAAGAUGAAGAGACACCAAGGAAGAAAAAGAAGAACAAGGACCCCAACAGGGUACCAGGUGGAGCUAACGCUGAGCAACCUCCUAACCAAAUUCUUUUCCUUACAAAUCUACCAGAUGAGACUAGUGAGAUGAUGUUAUCCAUGUUGUUCAACCAGUUCCCUGGAUUUAAGGAAGUCCGUCUUGUACCAAACAGGCAUGACAUUGCUUUUGUUGAAUUUGAGAAUGAACUGCAAUCAGGAGCUGCAAAAGAUGCACUGCAGAGUUUUAAGAUUACUCCUACACAUGCGAUGAAAAUAUCAUUUGCCAAGAAAUAAAUUAGGAAAUAAGGUUUAGUUUAGGUUUUAAAUUUGUACAAGCAAAGUAAUAAACAUUUUGAGAGAAGU